UUAGUUAUAUCUAAAAUAACUCGUAAUUUUUCCACAUCAACUAUAACUCCCUCUAUGUCAAUAAUAAAUGAAGAUAAACAUAAUGUCGCAUUUUUCACUAUCAAGUUUGUAUCAAACCAGUAUCAUUUUAUUAUCUUACGCAAAUAAUGAUAAGCUUCCUAUAUACAAUUGGUAUGCAAUUAUGGCUCUUAAUACUGAGGCAUUAUACCCUAGAUAUAAUUGAGAAUAAUAUAUCUAAGUAUCUACGUUCUCGUCAUUGCAGUUUAGAAUGACAGAUAGUACCUACUUACUCGUCGUAUAUACUUCAGAACUAAACGUAGGAUUUCUAAGGAAAAACUGGUUUCAUACGAAUAUAAAAAUAGUUAACUUAUAUAAAUCAAAAAAAAUAGUUUAUCAAAGUAUUUUUAGUAAAUUUAUGUUUUAUUCAAUAGGAAAAUUAAUUAUACAUGUUAUAUUAUGUACUUACUGGUUUUUAUUCUAAAAUAGCCUAGUUAUAACUACUCGUACAUACCUACUAUGAACAUACUACGUCUUCCGACUCGGUCUAUUAUACGUAGUCUUAAAGAAGUGAUAAAUAUUUAUUUAAAAUGAAAGUAUAAAUAGUGUGUGCACGUGACUGUGUCAUAUUAUAUUGGUAGUGAUUAAUAAAUGUGUAGAAAUCAACGCUAUUAUCAUGGAAAUGCUACGGAUUGCCUUAGUCCCGUUGAGUCUUACCAUCGGCCUCACAUAUCUUAAUGUUAAGAGGAACGCUUACAGUCGAAGAGGUGUACAAGGACAGGGACCAGUUCGCGGGGCUUGUCCGCGAGGUGGCGGCUCCAGACGUCGGGCGGAUGGGCAUCGAGAUCCUGUCGUUCACGAUCAAGGACGUGUACGAUGACGUCCAGUACCUGGCCAGCUUGGGCAAGGCGCAGACGGCGGCCGUGAAGAGAGACGCUGACAUUGGUGUUGCUCAGGCUAACAGGGAUGCUGGGAUACAAGAAGCAGAAUGUGAGAAGACUGCGAUGGACGUGAAGUACUCAAUGGACACCAAGAUAGAAGACAACGCCAGGAUGUUCAAGCUGCAGAAGGCGCAGUUCGACCAGGAAGUCAAUACUGCUAAAGCGGAAUCCGCAUUGGCGUACGAACUGCAGGCCGCGAAGAUUAAACAGAAAAUACGAAACGAAGAAAUACAAAUCGAAGUUGUAGAGCGUCGCAAACAAAUUGAGGUUGAACAACAAGAAAUUAUGCGCCGUGAGGAAGAACUGAUAGCUACCGUCCGCUUGCCCGCUGAGGCUGAAGCGUACCGUCUCCAGACCAUCGCCGAAGGAAAACGGACCCAAACUGUGGAAGCGGCUAAAGCUGACGGAGAACGCAUCAAAGUGCUCGGUCUCGCCGAAGCGCACGCCAUCGGCGACGUCGGCAAGGCGGACGCGGAGCGCAUGCUGGCCAAGGCCAAGGUCUACAAGCAGUAUGGCGACGCUGCUAUCAUGGCGCUCGUACUUGAAGCUCUGCCCAAGAUCGCAGCCGAAAUAUCGGCCCCACUUGCGAAGACGGAUGAAAUAGUGCUGGUAGGUGACAACGGGGCGACGGGUGAAGUGGCGCGCCUCGCGGGGGGCAUCCCGCCCGCCGUGCGCACGCUCACGGGGCUGGACAUCACCCAGGUGCUCAAGAGACUGCACCCGUCAGAAGAGUUAUCCUCAUCGACUCUUAAGAAAAAGGAGGUGACAGCUUGCUAAAUAAAAGCUACGGCUACCUCAUUUCGAGUGUCAUAGAAUGUAUCAACAAUAUUCGUUACACCUUACUAAAACGGCCAUAUACGAAGACAAAGUAUACUCGCGAACAAAAUAGUUUAAUAUAUUGAAAGACAUUUAUAUUUUUUUUUCACGUUACCUCGAAAGUGCAAACAAGAUAACGAUACCACCGUCUUACUAUAAAUAUAAAUAGUGUACUGAGUAGUGAGCAUAAAAUAUUAUUAUGUGUGCUACCAAAAUGCAUACGUACAUACUUAUAUAUUUUUAUAUAACAGGCGUUUGCAAUAUAUAAAACUUCUUUAUAAAAUUGAUUAUGUAAUAUUAUUUUAUAUAAAAUAUUAUUAAGCUAAUUAAUUUUAUAAAGAAAUGUUCACUACUUUUAAAAAGACGAUUAGUCAUUACUGUCUGUGGUUUCAGAUUGAUUUAACGACAAUAUGUUUGAAAUUUAAACUCUAUAUACUGUAUUUUGGAAGCUCACAAAAUAGAUUUUAAAUGUUAAAUGCUCAAGUCUCUAGCGCUGCAGUCAUUGUUUGUAUCAUAAUCAUAUCACAUCAGCGAGCAUUUAUUACUUUAUGUAUAAUAGAGACUUUGCUUUAAACUAAAUACUUCUUUGUAUUAUUAAAUUAUUUUCGACGCUCCCCCUGUCAAAAAAAAUGAUACAAGUAAUGACGUAACGUAUACUUUCUUUUCAUUCCAAAAUAGGUGUCAUUUGAAGAAUGUUUUGAGAAUAGUGUCUUAAAGUUUUUAUAAAGAAAAAAGAGAUCUUUGUAACUGUAGACUGUAGAAAUUUAGAUUUUGUACUGUAUUCAACAAAAAAUAAACAAAGUGUUCUCAUACACUGCCUUCUUGUCGUAGGAAUAUUUUACAUUUUUAUUCAAAUUGUACAUUCACAUUAACAAUUGUGCGUGUUCAAAAUAAGAUAUUUAAAAACUUUUGUGCUCAUUAUGAUACUUAUCGAUUGACCUAUACAAUGUCCACUUUUGUGACCUUACACGUGCUUAAAAGUAAUUUUAAGAAAAUUUAUGGGCAGCUGUGUCGUCACAAACGUUUGAGCUAUUUGCCGCAUUUAUCACGUUUUCAAAUUGUUUGUAGAGAUUUUACCAUUUUACCGUUGUUUAACAAUUGUGAAUGUGACUGUACGUUGUGUGAUGAACGACAAUUUGCUGUUUGUAAAACUCGCCGUGAAAAUGCUUGGAAAUAUAUUUGCUUUUUUAUUUAAGUUUACCUACACUGAUUAAUUAAUUAAUUAAAUGCACAAAACUUUGUUAUUAAUUUUAUCACAAUUUUAUUAUUGUAUUUUUAUUUACUCAUAGGAAGUAUAUUAAUUGUCUAUUAUUAUUAUUAUUGCAGUACCAGUAAGUACUGAUUGUGUAAUGGACCCAAUAUUUUUAAAAUGAAUGUAUGGAAAAUA